AUGGUCCGAGAUUUGAACGCUUUGAGAGCUACUGCGAAGCGCUGGACCACCAAUCGACAUUCCCAAGCUGCGUCCCUCGAAACGAAUGCCGAGGUGACUACGCUGUACGAAGAAUUGGACCACGGAAAACGUCAGAUUCGCCUUCUUAGAGUGAAGCCUGGCCUUCAGGAGAUAGAAUGCGUACUCGAAACCUUCCCACUGGACGAUCCACCGGUGUACAAGGCGCUAUCCUAUACGUGGGGCCAGGAUGCAGCGGGCCAUGAGGUCCGAAUCAAUGGAGAGGGCUUCUCUGUGAGACCCAAUCUCUACGAGCUCCUUCGACUACUCUUGCGUGAGCAGGACAGCAGCUGGUUCUUCAUCGACGCCGUAUGCAUCAACCAGCAAGAUGUCGCCGAUCGCACGAGUCAGGUCAAGCAGAUGGGCGACGUCUAUCGCUAUGCUGUGGAGGUCGUAGCUUGGCUUGGUUCUGAUGGCACUGAGGAUCCUGAUGUUCUUGCAAGUUGGCAGGGGCUGUGUGGACUCGGCGUGGAGGCUCUGGAGAGCCCGGAUAGCGCUGCUUUCAUGGUUGAGCGCAUGAAGAGCAGAUCGACUGAGCUGCUCGCGCUUCUUGAGGCUCUGUGCCAGCGACCUUAUUGGAGGAGGCUAUGGGUAGCACAGGAGGUCAUGCUCAGCCGCGAAUUGACUCUGCGCUGCAACGAGUUGCGAUGCCCUUGGGAUGUCUUGCUCCUCUUUCUCGACUACACAUACGAGCAGGACUUGACUGGGUUCGCAAAGGAGGUGCCGGUCCACAAAGUACCGGUAUUCGCUCUGAGAUAUGAGGAAAGUGAACUAGACAACAGCUCUUGGAUUGCUGUCAAUAGCUUGUUCAUGGAAUUUUCGGAUCCUUUGGCUUCUUCAAAUCAUUGGGUGCGCUUUGGGAUGGCCAACCGACGGUCUCGACCGAUUCAUCUCAACUGGCCUCUCGGUCGCGCAAGGCUGCUGUUGAACCAAAAGAAGGCAUGGCAGCCGGAGAAAGAUAGACCAAACAUGAGACGACAACGUGGUAGCAGCCUUUUCGUCGUGGAUUACAGAAUGUCUGUCUCUGAGCUCUACACUCAUGCGCUGAUUGAGGGUCUCGUGGAGCUUCAAUUGUUCCGAGGUCCUUACCUACCCUGCAAACGGUCAGAACCGUUGUUGUACGUUGGGGUGCUCUUGUUGGGUCUUGCCUUGAUGAAAGACAGGCGCUAUCGCGCAAACGCGAUUCUGAUCACAUCCACUGUCCUGAGACGCAUGGGCUGGUCUUUGCGACAUCGACAGUUCUGGCAUCUCGCUAGGGAGCAGUUCGACCUCAUGGCAACUUACCAUUUUCCGCCCACGGACUUCUUUCUUCAGUUCCUCUAUCCUCUAACGGUAAAGAUGCUCUUCUGGCGACUCGAACUCGAGAUGCGCGUCUAUCGAUCAGUCAACUCUGUACCAGCGUCUGCCGCCGAGCCAUACCGCGAACUUUUGGAGAAGAAACUAUCUGGCUUGACCAAGUACGACGGUCUCGUCCGGGAGUUACAGCGACUAUCCACCGCAGAAGGACUCACCGACAACGAGGCGAAGGUUCUUUUAGAAGAUAUUGUCAGGUUCCCGACUGCUCGCGAGUGUGCUCAACUGAACGAGCGAGCAUUACAAGAUGUGCUCGAUCGCCUAAAGUCGAUGACUACGUCCGACUGCACAACGAGCAAAGAUGACUGCAAGAUACUGCUGACGAUCUUUGACAAGCUGUCAGACGCCGUGAAGCCUCGAGAAGAUUGGGGUUUCAGCGGCGUGCCUGAUAUCAUGCAACGAGCCAAUAAACAUGUCAGAGCGAUCGAAGAGCUCCUACGGAUUAGUCGAAAGUCCGGUGAAUCGAGAUAUGUAAAGAUUAGGGAGGCUUUUCAAGGCCGGUACUCAGACUCUGUUCCAUUAUUCUAG